CUCAUGGUGAUAUUUUGCAACCCGGAGCUUUAAUUCUGCAGCCCAGGGAGACCGAGGAACCGCUCGUUGUCCCCGCUCUGUCUCUUCAUGGGUUUCUAAGCUCCUGGGUGUUCAUCUUAAAGCGAGGUUUAAUCAGCAGACAGAGAGAGAGAGAGAGAGAGAGAGAGCAGUCAUGUUCAGCUGGCUGGGAACAGAUGACAGAAGAAAAAGGGAUCCUGAGGUCUUUCACACCGUCAGUGAGGGACUCAAGAAGCUGUACAAAACCAAACUGCUUCCUUUAGAGGAACACUACAAAUUCCACGAGUUCCACUCCCCUGCCCUGGAGGAUGCAGACUUCGACAACAAGCCCAUGGUGCUGCUGGUGGGACAGUACUCCACCGGCAAGACCAGCUUCAUACGAUACCUGCUGGAACAAGACUUCCCAGGCAUGCGGAUCGGUCCAGAACCCACCACUGACUCGUUUAUUGCCGUGAUGCAUGGGGACAUUGAAGGCCUGAUACCAGGAAAUGCUCUGGUUGUAGAUCCAAAGAAGCCUUUUCGUAAGCUCAAUGCUUUUGGCAAUGCGUUUCUUAACAGGUUUGUGUGUGCCCAGCUCCCCAACCCUGUUCUGGAGAGCAUCAGUGUGAUCGACACCCCAGGAAUCCUGUCUGGAGAGAAGCAAAGGAUUAGCAGAGGCUAUGACUUUGCUGCUGUACUCGAGUGGUUUGCUGAGCGUGUGGACCGCAUCAUCCUUCUAUUCGAUGCCCAUAAGCUUGACAUCUCAGACGAGUUCUCUGAGGUGAUAAAGGCCCUGAAGAACCAUGAGGAUAAGAUCCGUGUAGUACUUAACAAGGCAGACCAGAUAGAGACUCAACAGUUAAUGCGCGUCUACGGUGCCCUCAUGUGGUCACUGGGAAAGAUUGUCAACACACCCGAGGUGAUCCGUGUCUACAUCGGCUCAUUCUGGUCACACCCACUGCUCAUCCCUGACAACCGGAAACUGUUUGAGGCUGAGGAGCAGGACCUGUUCAAGGACAUUCAGUCACUACCACGCAAUGCUGCUCUACGCAAACUCAAUGAUCUCAUCAAGAGGGCUAGACUUGCUAAGGUCCAUGCAUACAUCAUUAGUUCCCUGAAGAAAGAAAUGCCCUCGGUCUUUGGGAAAGAUAACAAAAAGAAGGAACUGAUCAACAGUCUGGGAGAGAUCUACAGUCGGAUCGAGAGGGAGCAUCAGAUUUCUCCUGGAGACUUCCCCAAUCUAAAAAAAAUGCAGGAGCAGCUGCAAGCUCAUGACCUGAAUAAGUUUCAGCCACUAAAGCCAAAGCUGCUGGAUACAGUGGAUGACAUGCUGGCACACGACAUCGCCCAACUGAUGGUGCUGGUGCGACAAGAGGAAACGCAGCAUCCUGGCCAGGUGGUAAAGGGAGGUGCCUUCGACGGCACCAUGAACGGGCCCUUUGGCCAUGGGUAUGGCGAAGGUGCCGGCGAGGGUAUUGAUGAGCUUGAGUGGGUAGUUGCACGUGACAAGCCUACAUACGACGAGAUAUUUUACACACUCUCACCCGUCAAUGGUAAGGUGACUGGGGCCAAUGCCAAGAGAGAGAUGGUCAAGUCAAAGCUGCCUAACACCGUCCUGGGCAAGAUAUGGAAGCUGGCCGACAUUGACAAGGACGGCAUGCUGGACGAUGAAGAGUUUGCCCUGGCCAACCACCUCAUCAAGGUCAAACUGGAAGGGCAUGAGCUCCCCAGUGAGCUCCCAUCCCAUCUGGUACCUCCUUCCAAGAGAAAAGCACCCGAGUAACACACAGCAGGGUUUAGUUCAUAUUUAGGGAAAGUGGCUAUUAGAACUUGGACACUGCAUGAACAAUUAACAAUGAACACAAUCACAUAAAUGAAAUGCUAGUAACUGACUGCUCAGAAUUUACUGAGUUUGUUAGAAAGCUCUUUUCAACUGUGUAUUUUUAUUUAAAAAAAAUAAGACUUACACUCAGUCUCAGUGUAGCUAUAGAUAUUUGCGUCAAUCCAUUAAUUAAAUAGAAAUGUCUGUCUCAGAGCAAUCCUGUCUUAACAAACAAGAGUAACAUCAUCCUUAAUCUUAAUUACCCUUGUCACUCUAGUUAUUCCAAAUCUAACAACUAUUUAAAAAAUCUCUAUUUAUAAGUAUAUGUAUGUUUUGUGAAGGUGGCAUCAUAAUAAAUGCAAGCCCUUUCUAGCCUGACCAAGAGACUGUUAAUGAUAUAUCCGUGUUGUGUUUAAACAUUGACUGUUUGACUCUAGUGUAGAAUAUGGAUGGACCUGUAGUGAUAGCAGCCUGGUCGUUAGUGUACUGUACAUGUUAAUCCCUGUUCAUGUUUGUAUUUAAAAUACUGAUUCCUAUUUUACAAAUGUGUGCAGCACUAACAUUUUCAUUUGACUUCAUUUGUAACACUUCUAAGUGCUGGCACGUUGUGCAUUAAUAUCAGUAUUUAUGUUUUUUUUUUAUUACUCACUCCUUGAAUGAUCAACCAACAUAGUGCAGCAGUUCACAAAAAACUUCUAUGUAUUCUUGAAAGUUAUCAGUGUGUCAUAGUUUAUUGUGAUCAGCACCAAUUAGCCAUAACAUCAACUCCACUUUCCGAUGAACUGAAAAACAUUGAUUACAAACUAAAAUUUGUCUCACUCAAACUCAAACAGAGCUUAAACAGAAUGUUAACAAUAACAAAAGUAACUAAGAAAUAGCACCUGUGCUUUUUGCAUACUGAGCCAACUAAAGUACAUCAUUGUUGCAUGGAUUAGUUUAUUCUGUAUCAUUAUUAUUUUAUCUUAAACUACUUCUAGUAUCUUCAAGCUGUUUUAAGAGUCUCUGUGUAACAGCUAGAAUCAACACGUCAGGUUUAAUUAACUAAUUGUUGCCAGUAUAUCCCAAUUAGAAUUGAUACCUGUCUAAGUAGUGUGUAUACACAAAUCGUCAAAGCCGGACACCACACCACAGCACACUCCCCGAACCCGUGUGGUGUGUUUUAAUGUUUUUGGUUUUAUUGUUAUGGCUGAUUGGCAUGUAACUGUUGUACAGUAAGUGGAUCACAUGUUAAUCACUGAGCUUCUUAUGCUUAGACAAGUCAAACAAGUUUUUACAUUAAGGUGAACAUGAUGCUUUAUAGUGAUCACUACCACAGACCUAUAAUUAUAAGUAUCAUUAUAAUAAUUAUAGUAAUAAUUAUAAUUAAUUAAUUAAAAAAUAACAAGGGUCUUAAUGCUGAACAUAAAAUUCCCUAUUUCAAUCCUCUUGUUUGAUAUACUGGGUGUGUUAAUAAACUGCUGUGUACAUAAACAUUUGUCGUGAUCAAAUUAUGAAAGGAAAGCUAAUAGAAACACAGACAUGAAGGACUACUGGGCGGGUUUCUCAUCUUUACUAGAAAUAUCCUCAUGCUGCUUAGAGAUAACCCCUUCUUUUGUAAAACAUUAAUUAAUUGUUAAAGAGGUCUGUAGUCUUUGUUUAAGGGCAUUCCAACAGCUUGGUGCUAAAACAGAGAAACGUGUCUUCCAUAUUUAGUUAUGAUGAGUCCAGUCGUGCUGGACUAGAGUCUUAAAGACAAAAUGGUGCAGUACCAGUGUUUACCAUCUUUAGUGUUUCAAAUCUGCAAUUACAAGAAGAGGGAAAGCAGCAAUGGGUAAUGGUAAAUA